AUGGCGACCAACAACAAGUCAUCACUGCCGCUGAUGGCGCUAGCCGUGGCAGCGCUACUCAUCGUCGGGUCGCACGCCGGAAGCAUCUCCAUCUAUUGGGGCCAGAACAAGGGCGAAGGUUCACUGGCCGACACCUGCGCGACGGGCAACUACAAGUUCGUCAACAUCGCCGUCCUGGCGGCGUUCGGCAACGGUCGGCCGCCCGUGUUCAACCUGGCGGGGCACUGCGACCCGACCAACGGCGAGUGCGCCAGCCAGAGCGCGGACAUCAAGUCCUGCCAGAGCCGCGGCGUCAAGAUCAUGCUCUCCAUCGGCGGCGGCGCCGGCAGCUACUACCUCAACUCCUCAGCCGACGCGCGGAAUCGUGGCCACGGACCUGUGGGAAAACUUCCUCGGCGGGCAGUCGGAGUCCCGCCCUCUCGGGGACGCCGUCCUCGACGGCGUCGACUUCGACAUCGAGGGCGGCACACCCCUGCAGUGGGACGACCUCGCCAGUGCCUCACAAUCCUGGCGAAGCGGAUCUUCCUCGGCCUCCCGGCUUCGCCUCAGGCAGCAGGGAGCGGGUUUAUUCCGGCAGAUGAUCUCAAGUCCCAGGUGCUUCCGCUCAUCAAGAGCUCCGGGAAGUAUGGAGGGAUCAUGCUCUGGUCCAAGUACUAUGAUGACCAGGAUGACUACAGCUCUUCAGUCAAGAGCGAUGUUUAG